AUGAAUUUUAAAACUAAAUCACAUUUAAUUGCACACACGAACAAGGUUCAUUUAAAUAAAACAUUUGCUUGCGAUUUCAAUGAAUGCCAGAAAGUGUUUAAAACUAAAUCAUCUUUAAGUCAACACAAACUGAUUGUGCAUUCAAUUGAAGACAAAAAUAAGAUUUAUUUGAAAUGUUUUUGGCCUAAAUGUCAGUACAAAACAACUAAGAAAUGGACUUUAAAAACACAUCAAUUAAGUCAUUCAGAAGUAAAACAAAUUAAAUCUGAUUUCAAUAAUUGUAAUAAAAAUUAUAAAUUAAGUAAUGUUUUUAAAAGUUCAACUAAAACAUUUAAAUGUGAUUAUAACCAAUGCAAUAAGAUCCUAUCAUCACGCCGAAAUUUAUUUCGACACAAAAGUUGUGUUCAUUUGAAUGAAAAGAAAUUCAAAUGUAAUGAAGAAAAUUGUGGCAAAAGUUUUUGUUCACAAUCCCAACUCAACGAUCACAUGAAAAGACAUCUGAAUAUAAAACUUCAUAAAUGUAUUCAUAAUAACUGUAAUCAACGCUUUGUUACGAAACAGGAAUUAAGAUCACAUUUAAAACUCGGACAUCGCUAA